GCAUGCUCUGUCGUCCUUUUAAUGCUAGCGUCGGAAAUCUGUCAGAUCAGCGGACCGUUGGAACAGAUAGUACCUUCAAAUAUACGUGACGACACGAUCCUUAUAUUUAGUUUGAGCUACUUUUUAUUGUUUUUAAUAGAUUUUUUUUAAGUUGGCCAAACUUGUUUUUUUUUCUACGAGCGUGGCUAAAAGAAACAAUAAAGAAUGACGAGCAGCUCGAAGCGGAAAGAAGAGAGUCAUUUGCAGAAUGGGGGUGUAAAACAUUCCACAUGGAGCAAAGCGUUCAACAGUAAUGCCGUUUGGGAGGAGAAGGAUGAGUUUUUAGAUGUGAUUUACUGGCUGCGGCAAAUAAUUGCAGUGAUCCUCGGUCUCAUUUGGGGGGUCGCCCCACUGAAAGGAUUUCUGGGAAUAGCCAUAUUCUGCGUCAUCAACGCUGGCCUUCUCUACUUAUACUUCAGCAGCUUUCAGCAGAUUGACGAGGAAGAGUAUGGUGGAACGUGGGAGCUUACCAAAGAAGGCUUCAUGACAUCUUUUGCGCUGUUUCUGGUGGUGUGGAUAAUAUUUUACACAGCGCUACACUUUGACUGAAAGGAUUCCACCGGACACUUGAUACGAACAUUUGUGUCAAAAAGCAGGAACUCCGCGGCUUCAAGGGUGCUGACCUGCCCACGCAGUAUGACUCCUCAGUGCACGGCAUUAUGGGAAAAGUAGUCUGAAGAUGGACUUAAUUAAAAUCAGUUUGUGUUAUUGCUGGGCUGCUUUUUACAGGUGAUAAACCUUGCCAUUUGUCAUUCUUCCUCUCCUGUGUCGUCAUCAUGUCUGACAAAACACAAAAGAAUACAGAAGUACAGUGGCUCUGGUUCGACUUCUAAUGAAUCAAAGCCUUGGUUAAAAAAUGAACCAUAUAUGCUUUCCUUUUUUUUUUUUUUUUUUGCCUGACAUAUCUGCUGGAGAACAUGCCCUCAAGUUUCCAAAUGCAGACAGUAUAGCUUUUUUGGGUAGGCUGGACUUAGGUUAAUUCACACCAAUUGGAUGCAUUAAUAUUGAUGUUGUGAAUUAGUGUCAUAUGAAGUGUGUCAAAAAAAAAAAGUUCCAACACCGGUGUUGCAAAACGUACACAUUCAUUUCACAUUGAUACUACAAGUUUUUCCCUUUUGAAGAAAUCCCCACACACUUUCCCAAACUUCUCGGCCACAUUUUCUAGCCCUGCUGGAAAUAUAAUUUCAUGGCAGAAGCCAUCGUCACGGUCAUCAAAGAGGAAAAAAAUACAAAUAAAAAAAUACACAGGAACUGUCAAAUGCUCAGGGCAUUACGGGCAGGCGUGUUGUCCUGCCACAACUAGCCUCUUCUCAUGCAAUGAAUGAAGCAAAUCUCUUUGUUGACGUGCUGAUUGAUUGAACGUGUUCUGUGGAAGUGGAACACGUAGUUUCCGUGUGAAGUAUAUCCUUUGUGACACCAGUCCUGGAACUUUUUUGAUGCACUUUGAGUUACGCCUGUGCAGAUUGUUAGCUCUAUUUUAUUGUGUCAAUUGUCUUCUGUGUACGAAUCUAGCAAAGUUCUCAGCUGGACAGAAAAGUAAAGUGACAUUUAUCUGCUUGGUCUUAAGGGUGGAUGCGUUUUUGAUAGCACUGUAAGGUAACAUACUCCAAACUCACUGUUGCUAUACAGUAUCUAAGUCACAAUCCGUUCAUUCAACGAGGAGGAAACUAUCGACAGAUGUAAGCUAAACUCGCCCUGUGAACCACCGUGGCAAACUCUUCGUAUAUGUAAUCGUAUCAUUUAUUAAUGAGUAGUUAAGAGGGUAGAAAUAAUUUAAUGUAGCCUCCAGAGCAGAGUCUUACCUCCUGUAAAUUCUGUUUCAUGAAUCUGUCGUAUGUCUGUACUCGUCUGGCGGGAUGUAACAUUGCUGAGUAUUUUAUGGUGGAAAACUUUUGCUCUCAGUUCUUGCAAAGUUGUAAUAAUAACUGUUAGCCCAGAUGUGCAGCUGAUCAAAUCUUUUGGGAAUCAUUAAACAUGGGCUUCAUUUGGCCUCCAUUUUCAAAGA